AUGGUGAGGCCUCGCAGACAGAGACAGAGACAGAGACAGAGAGAGCCCUCUUUCUCGGAAGACAACCCUGAGUUCUUCAAAGUUUUCCUCCCAAAUACUUGCUCUCAUGAAAUAUCUAUACCUCAAGCUUUUAUCAAGCACUUCAACGGAACUAUACCAAAGAGGGCCAUUCUUAAAGAUCAGACUGGAAAGUCUUGGCAUGUGGGACUGGAACAAACUAACAGGCGCGUGUGUUUUAAGAAUGGAUGGCAAUGUUUUGCAAGUGAUCAUUCUCUGGAAUUUGGGGAUUUCCUAAUUUUUAAAUUCAGUAGAAGUUCUUUGUUUGAAGUUAAGAUAUUCAGUAAAACUGGAUGCAAGAAGGAAGAAGCUGCACCUAUUGGUAAGUCUAUUCCAUUUGUGAAUUUGGAAGAAGAUUCUGAAACAGGGCUGACUUGUAGCAGACCCACCCGUAUUGGCAAGCGAAAGCGUUCAGAAGUUGGCCUCAAGAAAAUUGAAGCAGGCGGUUCAACUGAAGCUAGUCGGCAUAAAUUGAAAAGAACUGCUGGAACAAAUCUUACAAAGGCUCCACACUUUGAUAGAAUGUACUAUGCUAAGGUUGCUCAGGAGACGCAAAACUUGACAGCUAAUGGAGGAUCUAGAGCUCUUGAGACUGCUAGUGCUUUUAAAUCAGGAAAUCCUUUUUUCAUGGUUAUCAUACAACCAUCAUAUGUUUUUGGCAGAUGUAAUUUGCAUAUACCACACACAUUUGCCAAGAAAUAUCUUGAAGAGAAGUGUCUUGAUGUUUUCCUUCGGGUUCCUGAAGGGAUUACUUGGCCUGUUAAGUACAUUUUCAGGAAAGUUGGUAGACAUCUAAUAGCCGAACUCACUAGUGGUUGGAGAGCAUUCUCACGAGACAAUAAAUUGGAAGUAUGUGAUGUUUGCAUCUUUGAGUUUAUUAAAGGAAUUGAUGUUUCAUUUAUAGUUAACAUCUUCCGAGUGGCUGAAGAUGCAAAUUGCUGCCUGUCUCCAGGCAAGCCGAAACAGUUGAUACGUGAAGAUUGCACAUCUUCACGUGCUUCUUUAGCCCUUGAAGCUGCCAGGAAUUUCAUCUCGGAGAAUCCUUUCAUUAAGGUCCUUAUAACCUCAGCUCGUCUGAAGUGUGCACAUAUGAAUUUGCCUAGUGGCUUUAUCAAGAAGUGUAAAAAAGGAACUACACGCACUGUGAUGCUCCAAGUUGCAAAUCAAUCGUGGCCCGUGAAGUUGCUAGUUUAUCCACGGGCAUCAUAUAAGCUCUCUGCUGGUUGGUCUGCAUUUAUGAAGGAGAAUACUUUGAAAGAAGGAGAUGUUUGCAUCUUUGAGCUGAUUAAGAGGGAUGACGUAGUGUUAAAAGUCAACAUUUUUAGAGGUCUCAAUUAAGAGAUUGUUAACAUUUCAUUUUAAUGUAUCAAUUAGGGAGCUUGUUUAUUUUGUUACUAAUAUGUUUAGGCUUUCUUUUCUAUUUCAAAUGUCAAAUUGCAAUCUUCACGAAGGGAAUCACUGCAUCGAUCUUUUGCUCAGGGAAGGAAACACUUCUAGAGAUCCUUUUGGAUUUCAUUCUUAUCCUCCUUCCUACAUUUUGUAUCAGCUUUUAGCUGCUUGGGGUAACCCUGCAAUUUGUAAUCGUUAGUUUCUUUAAUAAAGUUCAUCUUCC